AGAAGCGGCAGCCAUCAAAGAAUGGCUUGGUUGCGGAGAUGAGAGUGACUGAAGGUCAGAUUCAGCUUGUCAUCCGAUUGCAUUUGAAAUGAAAAGAUUAUUCAACCGUGGAUAUCCAUUUGGGGGAUCCUUAAAACUGUUAGUAGAGGGAGAAUUCUAAUACGGAAAAAAACUGAAUUGGGUGAAGUAGAGUUGAUUCAAACAGAGGUUAUCAUUAUAUCUAAUUCCAAUUUUUUAAACCAAUGGUGUGGACCUCUACUGAACUUAGAACAGUGACUUCACGCUGGUCACAAUUUGCCCAUAGCCAAAACUGCUAAUAUAUAUAUAUAUAUAUAUAUAUAUAUAUAUCAAUCAUAAAACCAUUGAAGCAGAGCUUAGACAAUCAAUCUUUAAUGGCGUUGCUUCCAAUUCUUGCUCUGCUUCUCCUUCCUCUUCUAUCUUUCCUGCUUCUCAAAGGGAAGAGCAAAAAUGGGAAGCCUUUCAAGCUUCCUCCUUCCCCUCCUAGCCUUCCCAUCAUAGGCAACUUGCAUCAAAUUGGUGCCUUGCCUUACCGCACAUUAGCAGAGAUGUCCAAGAAAUAUGGGCAUGUCAUGCUUGUUCGUCUAGGCAUGGCUUCUGUGGUGGUUGUCUCAACACCAGAAAUGGCAAAAGAGGUCUUGAAGAACCAAGAUGCCAACAUGUGUAGCAGAGCUCCUCUGGCCGGCCCUAGAAAGAUCUCUUAUGAUUUCAAAGAUAUUGCUUUCACUCCCUAUGGAGAGUGGUGGAGAGAGAUUCGAAAGAUUUGUACUUUGGAGCUUCUUAGCCCCAAAGCAGUUCAAUCCUAUCUAUAUGUGAGGGAAGAAGAGAUUGCUCUUAUGAUUGAUUCCAUUACCAAAGCUUCUUCAGAUCCUGUUGACAUCUCUGAGAAGAUACUGUCCCUCACAGAUGCUAUGAUAUGCAGAAUUGCUUUUGGUAAGGUUUAUAAAGGAAGAGGCUUUGAUAAUGGUAAAUUCUCUGAAGCAGUUCGUGAUGCCAUGGCUUGCUUAAGUAAUUUUUCUGGAGAGGAUUUCUUCCCCUAUUUUGGGCGAAUCAUUGACAUAGUCACAGGACACUCUGCAAGGGUUGAUAGGGCUUUCCGUAAUUUGGAUAAUUUCUUUGAGAAAGCUAUUGAGGAUCACCUUGAUCUCAAUAGGAUGAAGCCCGAGCGCGAAGACAUCAUCGAUGUCUUGCUCCGAUUGAAGGAGGAACAAUCUAGUCGAAUUCACAUCACCAAGGAGCACAUCAAAGGAGUUCUCAAGGAUGUAUUUCUUGCUUCAGUAGACACAAGUGCUCUUAGCAUGGUGUGGGCAAUGACAGAUCUUGCAAGGCACCCUAGUGUGAUGAAGAAAGUCCAAGCUGAGAUCAGAAGUCAUGUGGGUAAGAAGGGGAAGGUCCAAGAAAGUGAUCUGGAAGAGCUUGAUUUCUUCAAGGCAGCACUGAAGGAGAGUUGGAGGUUGCAUCCACCUUCACCUAUGUUAAUUGCUAGAGAAACCAUGUGUGAUUGCAAGUUAGAUGGUUAUGACAUCCCAGACAAAACAAGAAUCCAUGUUAAUGUUUUUGCAGUCCACAAAGAUCCUAGAUACUGGAAGAACCCAGAUGAUUACAUGCCAGAAAGAUUUAUAGAGAACCCUCUUGAUGUGAGAGGACAAAGCUAUGAGUAUUUGCCCUUCUCAUCAGGAAGAAGGGUUUGUCCUGGAAUUAAUAUGGGAGUUGCAAUUGUGGAGCUCACAGUGGCAAAUCUUCUCUAUAGUUUUGAUUGGCAACUACCCAAAGGAAUGGCAACUGAAGACAUCAACAUGGAGGAGUCAUUUAAUCUUACUCUCAACAAGAAGACACCUCUCAUACUGGUUCCUACCCCCUACAACUGGCAGGAAGCCUUUUAAAUGUCUACUUUUUCUUUCUUUGUUUUCUUUACAAUAUGUGUUCAGUUAAAGUGAAUCUGCAUAUAAGGUGGCUUUGCUUGCAUUGCAAAUUCCAAAUGGCUUUAGUUCUUAUUGUGAGUGAUUUGAGAUCAGUAUUGUCUUUGGCUGGUGUCUGGUGUCUGGUGUCUGGUGUCUGGUGCCUGGUGUCUGGUCAUUGUUUUAGAUUCAUCCCUUUUUCAUAGAUUCUUAGCAUAUCAAAAUUAGUCUAAUCUGAACCAUAUGACUCAUCGUUAUUUGGUUGA